AUGGGUGAAAUAUUGGAAAGAUACAUUGAACAAAUGUCAACUACAAUUGAAACGAUGCGUCGUCGAAUGAUUGCAUAUUAUGAUGGAAUAUUUUUCAUUUCGAAAAAAGUUGGAAAAGCUGUUGAAAGAGCAAAAGAAGUUGCUGAACCAGCUGCAGCUGAUGCAAAAGAUUUUGUAAAUCUCGCCAUUUCCGAUAUUGAACCACUUGAUUCAAUUGAAACUGAACAGAAAAAUAAUUUGGUUGAAAUGUAUCUUGGAAUAUCUGUUAUGUUGAUUGGUUUUGGAGGUGGACAAUUAUCUGGAGUUUUUGCACUUCAAUCCAUUUUACAAUAUUUCUUUGAUAAUUAUGUAAUUGGUUUGAUUUUGACAAGUAUUCCAUUUUUUGUUUAUUUUAAUGUGAGAAGAAAUAUCAGCUUGGAUGAUAAUGAAAGAAGAUCUAUGCUUUUCUCUUAUACUAUGCUUUUCGGAAUUUUGUCCGGUUAUAUUUUUGGUGCACGAGUUUUAUCAAUGGCUCCAUCUACUUUAUUUGUACCACCACUUCUCUUUGCACUCUUGGUAUAUUUUAUCCGGAUUACUGUAGAAAAUGUUUUUCUUUCAGUUUGACAAUGGCAUAAUUCCCCUUCCUUUGACUUCCAUCAAUCGUCAAUCUUUCUUCAUAGCGUUUGCAUCAAUCAGUGUCUUCUUGACAACUUUGUUGUGUAAGUUACAAAAAAAGUUUCGGAGACCCCCAAAAUAUGGAAAAAAUUUCGCUCCCGGGUGGGCUCGAACCACCAACCUUUCGGUUAACAGCCGAACGCGCUGCCUAUUGCGCCACGGAAGCAGGUGUCUCUCGCUGUCUCUCAAUGUCAAUAUAUUAUAGCGUCAAUUGUCCUUGGAUAUUUUUCGUUUGCCGUCUCGUUGUUCAACAUUGUUCAUGCCACUGGUAUUUUUGUUCAUUUCCAGGUGAGAUUAUUUAAUUUUUUCAUUUAUUUUUUUGAUGUGAGAUAAAAAUAAGUUUUUAGAUAAUCAUGCAAUACGUAAAAGACAAAUCAUUUUUGGUCGGAGAAUCUCAAAUAGUUUACUUGGGAACAACAAUUGCAACACAACUAUUAUUUACUCUUAUUUUUGGAUCAAAUAACUUGGUCAAAGAUGCGCCAGAGAAUUCACCAAAAUAA